AUGACGCAUGGAUCAGUCCAAUUAAAUAGCUCGACGUACAUGAAACCGAUACGUCCAGAUAACAAUAAAGACCUUAAAUGCACUUUCAAUAAUGAAACAAAUGGAACUUCAUUUCAUUACAAAAGCAACCCAAUUUUCAAAGAACAUUCUCGAAACGACGUUGUUAUCGCGAGUACGUCUAAUGCAAAACCAAAAAUGAAGUUGUUUAAAUUUCCAAUCUUUCGUAUUCACCCUUAUACUGUCUUUAAUACCGUGAUGUACAUUCGACUGUUUCUCGGUCAUUACUUUCAUACUGACGAAUCGAAAAUUGUCUCGAGUUUGAAGAGAGUGUAUUGUCUGGUCUUUGUAUUCCUCUUCACCAUAUUCUUCACUUACAAUUUGGAAAUCGAUCUUGUCACACCUGACUUCUAUAUCCCAAUAAAAUUUGGAGUACUAAUUAUCUUAUCAUUCUUCUUCGAAACGUCCAUUAUUGAACAGAUCAUGUGCGUCAAUUCUGUAUAUUAUAAGUUCCACGGAUUUCAAGAACGCAUAUCCUGCCGCGUGUUGCUUUAUCAGCUUGCAGAAUUCAUUGUUGUUUUAAUUAAGACUGGAAUUUACCUGUUUGCUCUACGCGAACCACCCGGAUCCCCUUUACUGGACAAUGUGAUUAUAUUCUCCAUCGGUUUUUCGAACUUCCCAAAGGUUUUCUUUCUAGAUCUCAUAUACGAGGCAAUGAAGAGCUUGAAGCGAUCUCUUCAGAAGAAAUCGACAACUUUGAAUGCUAUUGGACGAGAUGAUAUAAAUUACGAAAUACUAAUGAUGAAGCAAGAUUUGUUUGCUUACAAGCGACUUAUGAAUCGAUUUGAAAUGGCCAGUGUGGAGUUGCAGAUUGGGGAUACGGCGAACUUCUUAAUGGUGAUGCUUGACUUAGUGCAUAUAUUUUUUUCACUAGUCGCACUACCUGUCACGUCAGAGCUGAUCACAAUAGAGCGGGAACGAAUCCUGGAUAUUUUGGAGAAGCAAAUAGACCGAUGCCUCGGUAAGUAG